AUUGAAUCACAAAAUAUGGGUAAAGAUCAAAAGGACCUCAAAAGGACUACUCCACAAUUAAUAGAGUCACGAAACUUUGAGACACAAACUCAUUACAUAACAACCAGUGAUGGAUAUAUUCUGACAGUAUAUCGCAUCAUAAAUCCAUAUUUGCGGCACAAAUCAAGUCAUUUGAAGCCAAUCCUAUUGCAACACGGAUUCACUGCCAAUUCAGACGUGUUUCUGGUGUCAAGAAUUGGAUCCAUUGAUGCGAAUGGAAAAUACAGUGAAGACAAUAGGGUUACGGAUUGUAAUCGUCUGAAAAGAGUGGGCAAAACACUUGGGUUUGUAUUGUCCGCCUGUGGUUACGACGUGUGGCUGUCAAACAUCAGAGGAAACAAGUACUCAACAAAUCACACGACACUCGACCCCAAAGAGGAUCACCACUUCUGGAGGUUCACGAUCGACGAGUUGAGCCAAAUAGACCUCCCGGUGAUCAUCGACUAUAUACGCAAACAGACAGACAAACCGAAGAUUGGUUACGUCGGCUACUCCAUGGGAACGACACUCAUGUUUGCAUUGCUGUCAUCACAACCAGAAUAUUCCGGAGUAAUUGAUCCGUUCAUAGCGUUAGCGCCUGUCGUUUAUUUGUCACGUCUUCCCAAAUAUUUAAAGCGAUUUACAAUACUUGAGCCGUUUUUGAGGGCAUUUCCAAUGCCUUUAAUAAGAUUCGGAUAUUUACGCAAAUUUACGACAGAAAUACUGAGCGGACAGGAGCUGACUGACCACAUGGCAUACAUGAACGCCAUGGCCGCACACCUCAUCGACGAGUCGUCGACACUCGUGUUGUCACACUAUCUCCAGAUGAUCUCAAACGACAACUUCGGGCGAUACGACUACGGCUUGUCUCAGAACCUCUAUCUCUACGGCUCCCCGAAGUCACCCGACUAUCCGUUGGCUAACAUUACUUCCCACAGAAUCGCGUUCAUAGAGUCGCCCGAAAAUGACAUCUUCAGCGGUCACGAAGAUCUGCAAAGACUUAAAAGUGAGCUCAAAGUGGAUCUACUCAUGGAUUAUCGCAUUCCUGACAAUAAGUGGACUCAUGUGGACUACCUGUUCCACAAUAGGGCUGAUAAAUAUGUGACCAAGUUUUGUUAA